AUGGAAGAACCACAAGAGAUUAUCUCCAGGAAUGAUGGCCAUGUGGGUGACAUCGUGGUGGAAAAUUUCCUGGUGGAUUCCAUGAAGCCUGCACCCCACGUUCAGCUCGCCUGCAGUGGGCAGUCCUGUGCUUUCCCUUUAGAUGGAAACGAACUUUGCAUAUGGGACACCAAGGACCCUCCUCAGCAGCUGAUGAUCCUAAAAGGACACCGUCAGCCCAUCACCGCCCUGACAUUUGGGAGCAGAGAGAGCCCGCUUCUGGUCUGUUCUGCAUCACGAGAUUGUGUCAUGAUGUGGGGCCUGGAUGAGUGCAGACAGAAAGAGCUUCAAGGGCGACUUCCGCGGGGGACUGUUCUCGGUGCCCUCCUGGGAAGGGUGCUGUGUCUGAGGCUUAGUCCCGAUGAUCGAGUGGUGGCGGUGUGUGCGGGGAACAGAGUACUCAUGCUGGACCUUGAGAGCCGAUCCACGCUGGCUGAGCUGGAUGGUCAUCACGGCCCAGUGACCGCGGCCGAGUUUUGCGCUCAGCAGACACGCGUCCUCAUCUCGGCGUCUGAGGACAGGAGCUUCAAGGUUUGGGACCAUCGUAUGGGAUCAUUGAUACACAGCUCAUCAGUGUUAACAGCCUCCCCGCUCCUGAGUCUCCUUGUGGACCCGCGGAGUCAGCAGCUGGUGGCCGGGUGCACGGACGGCCAGCUUUGGAUCUUCAGUUUGGUUGAGGGGCACCAUUACCGCUGUGUGACGCAUGUUGACCUCAGGAAAAAGAGAGAGAGUUUCUCCACUAGGAGGAUGUCAUCUGAGAUGGGGGCGGCACCUAAGACUGGGGCAGGGGACCUUCAGGUUCCCCGAGGUCCGGGGUCUCUGCCGCCCUGGCUGAGGGGGGACAGUCAGCACACGCUUUUCUCUCUUCCUUUUGAAAUCAGCCUCUCUGAGACUGGCAGCUGCUUAUGGAUUGGAAGCUCUGCUGGUUUGCUCAUAUUUAACCUGGCAAGCUUUGAACUGGAGGGCGUUUUACAUUACAAGGGUAAGACCUAUCAUUCAGGCCUCAGCAUUCAGGUAGCUGGAUCGUGUGCCGUGGCGAGCAGAACCGGCGGGCAUGAGGCCCUCUGCUUGCUCACGUCCAUGUUCGGCAAUGAGACGGCGCUGGUGGAGGUGGACCCUGCUGCUCUGCUGAGAUCCCAGCAGCGCCCCCACCGCGGACCGGACCUGUCGGUGCUGCCCAGGUGCAGAGUUGUGGCAAGGAUAUACAAUGGAAAAAAGACACCCUCUUUAACAAGUGCUGCUCGGAGCGUCGUGAAGGACCACCCACUGGUUUUCCACAGCAAAAUUCAGUCGUCGGGCUACACGGCUGCCCCAUGUGCAACUAUGUUUUCACCAAAGACUAAUUUCAAAAAUGAUGGUAAAAGAGCUUCAAAAUGCAAAAACAAUUACAGGUGUAAGGAGUACCCUUUGGAGAGCCCUCCACCCAGCAAGCUGAGCAAGCAGCUGGCCAUGGCCCACGACCAGGCUGCCCUGCUCUGUAUUCAGUGUUCAGGAGAUGGACAGCGGCUGGCCUGUGGCUUAGCCAACCACUUGUCCCUGGUCUGCAAUGCUGAUCUUACUGGGACGCCUGCUGUUUUGUCAGGUCACGAUGGGGCAGUGGGCAGCGUGUGCUGGAGCCACGACGGCCGCUGGGUGCUGUCUGCCUCCCAGGAGGGGACGCUGCGGGUGUGGUCAGUGUGCAGCCCGGAGCCACUGCUGCGUCUGGGCAAAGACAUGUUCCCUAAGCCUGUCCAGUCCGCGCAGUUUUAUUAUAUCGACGCGUUUAUCUUCUCAUCCUCAGGCCCCGAGGUCCAGCUGCUCAAGCAUCACAUCGACACCAGCAAGGACGACUUACGGAGGUAUAGACAGAAGAGCUGGUGCACGCCCGUGUGCAGGCUCCUCACGACCGACGUCGUGGAGAUCACCAGCUUGUCUGCGGUGAAUGAUUUCCACUCCUACCUCGUGCUCGCUGCUGGGCGGAACCGGACCUUGGAGAUUUUCAACCUCAACAUGGGCUGCAGUGCGGCCAUCAUCACGGGAGCCCAUUCUCGGCCUGUCUACCAGAUCUGUCAGAAUAAAGGGUCAUCAUUUGCAACCCAGCAACCCCAGGCUUAUAACCUCCUUGCGACCGCAGCUGCUGGUGACGGGGUGAAGCUUCGGGACCUCAGGACCCUGAGGUGUGAGCGCCGUUUUGAAGGACAUCCAAACCGCGGCUACCCGUGUGGAAUUGCCUUUAGCCCUUGUGGCCGAUUCGUGGCUUGUGGUGCUGAAGACAGACACGCAUGCGUGUACGAGACCGGCUCCAGCACUUUCUCCCGCAGACUCACAGGACACACCAGCACGGUCACCGCUGGGGCCUCCAGCCCGGCCGCCGCUCAGAGCAGGAUGCCGAGCACCACCACCUUCUUGUUUUGGUGGAAAUGUCAGUGCAAGGACAGCAUGGGAAGGAGAGCAUCUCAGCACGUUCUCACAGCACACGUGUCACAUACUUAG